AUGGACUGCGUGCUCGCUCUUCUCAAAGGUGGCGCUGCUCCUAAUGCUGUGAAUGACGCACGAAAAACCUGCUUACAGUGUGCAAUCGACAAUAAGCACAGCAACAUAGCCGAAUAUCUUCGUUCACAAGGUGCGCUGGUAUUCGCUGAGUUAAGCGAAACGGCAGCUAGAGUAAUACAAAGUUGGUGGAGAGCAAUACUGUUGCGACGGAGAAUACGUAGUAUGAGAAUUAAAUAA